CAGACACACCCCUCAAAUGGGAUGGAAGUCUCCUCUGGAAGUCCCUGUAUCUCCAUUGACUCUCAGGGAAAGCUAGAAGAUUACAUUACAUCAGAUAGCUGGGAUAGGUUUCCUCCCACAUGUUUUGGAGGCUGACAGAUCCCUCCACCUGAACCAGUCUUCUGCAUUCCCUUCAUAGACAGUGGAGAGAAGCAAGCACUGGAUGAGUCGAAUGGAAUAGAAAGGACACUGGAACCAUAUCUCUUCUCUGGAAUAACCUGGGAAAGGAGGAGAACAAACAAGAGCAAAUGAAGUACAGGUUCUGGUGUUGUGGCCCUGUCUCCACGCUGCAGCUGAGACCUUCUACCAUGAAGCUCUUCUCCUGCCUCAUGGCUCUUCUCCUGUUCCUCCUCCAGGCUGUUCCAGGUCUCGGCUUGCCCAAGGACACCCAGCAUUGUUUGGAAUAUCAUGGCUACUGCUUCCAUUUGAAAUCCUGCCCGAAGCCUUUUGCUGCGUUUGGAACUUGCUACCGGCGUCGGAAAACCUGCUGCAUAGACACGACAUCAAACUUCCACAUUUGUCAAGAGGAGGGGGGUCAUUGUGUACCCCCAGAAAUCAGAUGUCUGGAAGAACAAGUGGGACUCUGCCCUCGCAGGGGAUGGAAGUGCUGCACAGAAGUGUGACAAGGAUCUCAUGGAAUUGCAGAAAACCACAGAAAUGCAUGGCCAAGAAAACAACUGAGGCUUUUUUCUAGUGUUUUAGACAUGUCUGGUGUUCUCAACAUGCAAAAUGUGUAAUUAACUAGAGGUGAUAUGUUUCUUUAUAUAACAAAGGCAAUAAAUGCUAAAU